AAGCUGGCCUAGCAUAUAAGUCAUACGCUACUGAUGGCCCUUCUUGAUUCCAAUACAGUGCUUAUGAACUUGCGUAAAAAAUAGUGCAAGUCCCUUCUUAUUUCACCUGCCAAAACGUACAACACUAAUGCAGAGUAGUUGCUUGUUGAACAGGGCCACGCUUCAACAGUUGGCGCCCAGCUUUAUUCUGAAAGCAUUGCCUCUUUAAACACUUCCAAAGGAGACUUUAGUCAAGAUAAGAUGUUCAUUGACUUAGCCGAAGACUUACAGACUAUAUAAGAAAUCAUCUUCCAAACGUUUUUGUACAAUGCUUAGGUUGUAAUUCUGUUACUAAAAUACAAUCUAGGAAAAAGAAUUAUAACUAAAUUCACCAUGGGAUUGCAUAUGCUUUUGCUGCAAGCCCACUUCUUUCUAGCAAUGCUGCUUAUUUUUGUCACAAAAUCACAAACAAAUUUCCAAAUAGCAAAGCCCAACUGCACGGAUCGUUGUGGAGAUGUAAGUAUUCCCUUCCCUUUUGGCACAAGGGAAGGUUGUUACCUUAGUGAAACAUUCUUAGUCACUUGUAAUCACACCCACUAUGAUCCUCCUAAACCAUUCUUGAGACACUCAAACAUAGAAAUCACAAACAUAUCCCUGGACGGUCAAUUGACUGUGUUGCAAUUCAUAGCGAAAGAAUGUUAUAAUAGGAAUGGCACCGAAGCACUCUCUAACAACCCCUCUAUACGGUUCAAAGAAUUCACAGUCAAUAAUACCGCAAAUAAGUUCACUGUUGUAGGUUGCGAUACUUAUGCUUUCGUAUCUGGGAGCCGGAAUAACAAGAGUGGUUACCAGACAGGGUGCACUUCCCAGUGUGCCAGCAAGGAUGAUCUGGAGGACGGGUCAUGUUCCGGUGUAGGCUGUUGUCAGGCGUCUAUCCCAAAAGGGGUAUGGGAAGUUGAGUUGACAUUGAAAAGCUAUUCUAAUUUCACAGAGAGCUAUGAUAAUCACACCACUACCGUCUGGGACGUCGAUAAUUGCAGCUACGCAUUUCUUGCUGAGGAAAGUGCAUUCACUUUUUCUCCAAAUAGUCUUUCAAUUCUGAGGAAUGUAGAGGAGCUUCCCAUGGUGGUUGACUGGGCAAUUGACAGAGGAACAUGUGAGGAGUCUCAGAAGAACAUGUCUAGCUAUGCCUGUAAAAGCACGAAUUCCAGUUGUAAAGGAACCGAUAAUGGGUAUCGUUGUUAUUGUUCAGAGGGUUAUGAAGGGAAUCCAUACCUCAUUGAUGGUUGUAAAGGUAUUAAAGUUUGAUUACCUGUGUAUUAUCUAGAAAUACAUCAUGAAUUGUUU